CGAUGCUUUCUCUCUUUCCUCCGACCUUCGCUAAUUCUCUCAAUUGCACGCAUUUUUCCUACUCCUUCUUCUUCUUCUUCAAGAAACGCAGCCUCUGAAUCAGUCUAACGACGAUCAUUAUCAUCAUCACCAUCAUCUGCUACUAUAUUAAUAUAUAGGGAUCAGUUCUCAGAAGCCAAAGGUCGAACACCUUGUAGAUGUACAGUUCAAGAAUCAAAGAACCCAGAUCAGAAACCACGUUUGAGAGUGAUGGUCCUCCCUCUAUUGAAGCUCGGUACACUCGUAUUGAAGACUCUCAGCAAACCCAUUGCCAGUCGCCUCAAGAAAGAGGCUGGCAAGCACCCCAAAUUCCGUAAAGUCAUUGUCGACAUGGCCCAGGCAAACCAUCGGCUCACCACAAGAAUGCAAAGGCGCAUCUAUAGCCACGCAACUGAUGUUGAGAUCCGCCCCCUAAAUGAGGAGAAAGCUGUUCAAGCUGCUGUGGACCUUCUUGGGGAAUUCUUCGUCUUCUCGGUUGCAGGAGUUGCUCUUAUCUUGGAGGUGCAAAGAAGUGCUAGAUCAGAAGCUAAGAAGGAGGAAUUGCGUAAGAAAGAUUUGGAGGGGAUGAGACAAAAAGACGAAGAGUUAGCGAAAGAGAUAGAGCUUCUUAAGAAAAAGCUUCAAGAACUUGAACAACUCGCUAGGGGGCAAGGACUUGCUGGGGUUUUUAACAUCAGACGUCCUCAAGCUGAAGAUGUGAAGUCAGGAAAGCCUGCUUGAUCACAAGAUUGACUGCAAAUAAUGCAUUAACUGUUGUGUAAUGCAAAAACGAUUCAUUGCUACUGAUUUAUGUAGCUCUUCCACAAAGGAAAGCUUUCUUCUUUUUUGAUUCUUUUGACUCAUUGUUGUCCAUUGCUGAUUCAGCUUUACCUGCUCCAUUUUUGUAAGUGAAGAAUGCCAAAUGAGAUCCUGUUUGUGCUAUUAAUGAAAAACAAAAUAGAAUGAAGACUGUAUUGUUGCUAUUUA